CCAAUUAAAUAAUCCUCGUCAGUUUAAAAAAUGGAUAAAAUGCUUGCGAGCGAAGAAACACCCACACCCGCAAGCUGGCGAGGCGAGCUUUUUAGCUCGCCAAAUAGUGGCGGGAGUCUUGCCAAUAUUUGGCGAGCUAAAAAAAAGCUCGCCUCGCCAGCCUGCCAACCACCCUAAUUUAUACUUAACAAGAUUAUUGUCUGUUGAACAUAUUUCCUUGGAAAAUUUGCCGGAUGAAGAGAUGCCGUUUGCCAAAGAAACAGCUGAAGAUUCAGAAGAAAAUUUCAAAAAGAAUUCAGAAAAAUUUGCAAAGAAAGAGCAUGAUCUAAAUAAUUUGAUGUCAAAUUUGAAUAAUUUAAUAGGAAAGUUGGAGGAUUUAGGUCAAUCUAUGAAUAUGUUCGAUCCUAAAGAGGGUUCUUAA